GCGCCGCGUGCCUGGCAGCGGGCGGGGCCGCGGGCCCGAGCGACGCGCGCCGGCGCCGUCGGGGCUGCUGACGGCGAGUUCUCGCGUGGACGGCCGGGCGAAGCCAGCCCGCACCGCGGCCGCCGCCCUCCGCAGGCCCGGAAGCGGCGCGAACGCCGCGCGGUUUGAGCCUCGUGGGUCUCCGUUCCGCGCAGCGUGGACGCCUUCCCGCGUUUUCCAGCGAGCGAGGGGUCAGAGGGCGCCGCGCAGGCGCACGGAGCCGAGGCCCCGGCGGCCAUGGGCGAGGCCGGCGGCCCUGAGGAGGAGUGCUGGCGCAUGGGGCCCAAGGAGGAGUUCGUGAAGGUGCGGAGGAAGGACCUGGAGCGCCUGACCACGGAGGUGAUGCAGAUCCGCGACUUCCUGCCCCGCAUCCUGGACGGGGAGGUGCUGGAGAGCUUCCGGAAGCUCCAGAUGGUGGAGAAGAACCUGGAAAGGAAAGAGCAAGAAUUAGAGCAGCUGAGAAUGGACUGCGAGCACUUUAAAUCCCGGCUGGAGACCGUGCAGGCUGACGGCGUGCGGGAGAGGAAGGAGAAACUGGCUCUUCGGCAGCAGCUGAAUGAGGCGAAGCAGCAGCUGCUGCAGCAGGCAGAGUACUGCACGGAGAUGGGGGCGGCGGCCUGCACCCUCCUGUGGGGCGUCUCCAGCAGCGAGGAGGUCGUCAAAGCCAUUCUGGGCGGAGACAAGGCUUUGAAGUUUUUCAGCAUCACUGGGCAGACAAUGGAGAGUUUUGUGAAGUCCCUGGAUGGAGAUGUCAAAGAGCUUGAUUCUGACGAAAACCAGUUUGUCUUUGCUUUAGCUGGAAUUGUGACAAAUGUUGCUGCCAUAGCGUGUGGUCGGGAAUUCCUGGUCACCUCCAGCCGGGUGCUCCUGGACACCAUCCUGCAGCUCCUGGGAGACCUGAAGCCGGGCCAGUGCACCAGACUCAAAGUGCUCAUGCUGAUGUCCCUGUACAACGUGAGCAUCAACCUGAAAGGCCUGAAGUACAUCAGCGAGAGCCCGGGAUUCAUCCCCUUGCUGUGGUGGCUUCUGGGCGGUAUCUCUCUGCAGUGGAAGCUCAUCUCCGUGUGUCUCGCUUGACCAGAAGCUGGUGCAUUGCCUUUCCAGUGUCCCUGCUUCCCAGGCAGAGGACGGCCUUGCCGCUGACCAGUUUCCUGUAACCUGUGCUGAUUUCCUUCCCUCCUGUGAUUCGGCUGCGUGGCUGGCGUUUUCCCAGGCUUCCUCCGGAUUCUUCACAUUCCUCUUAAGCCGCAGAGCUGGCCUGGAACCACAGAGUGGAUCAGGAGGGGCCGCAUGCUGGGGAGCUGUGUGCAGGCAGGGCCGGAGCACGCUUGGAACGGGCUGUGCUUCCUGCCAGUGUCUGUAGUGUGGGAAGGGUGGAGCAUCCACUCCCCGUCUCACGUCUCACGUGUCCUUGCUGGGCUGAGAAAUCUGAAACCUUACAAGUGUUUUAGCCCAGAACUCUGCCUGAGCCCCCGGGAACCCUGGAGGACGUCCCGCCGCUGUGUUCAGAUGCAGCUCCGCAGCUCCCCCAGCACCACUGCCGCACCUCUGACUUCCUGGUUUUUCAGACCUGGAUAACCCUGCGGUGAUCCUGGACCCCUUAUUGCCUCUCACAGGCACACUGCCCUGUCGGGGUCCUGAAGGCUCCACCUCCAGCACACAGCCAGUCCCAGCUUCCCCUCCUGUCUGCGUGUGAGCCCCUGCUGCGUGAGGUCUGCUUCCAGGCCUCUGCAUGGCUCAUCUUCAGGCUGUGAAUUGGGAGCCGUGAGCAUGCUGGCAGGGAGAGCCCAGCAUGCUGGCUGAGAUGCAAAAAAUGUGUAAAAGCAUUCCUGGGACCUGGAAAGAGAUAAUUAUACCCACAGCACAAAAGCCAGGUGGAAGUGAGAGGACGGAGAACCGAGCCUUUUGCCUUGAGGGCACUUGUCAAACUUGACCUUCAGUUUCCAGGGCUCACAGGGAGCAGGACAGGAGACAGAGCCCGGGCUCCACAUCCGCUGUUCAGUCUAACAGGAGCUCCCACAGGGUCAGGGUCAACUAAGGAAACCCCCAGUCCGUGGAGUCUGCAGGAAAACAUCUGAUUGGAGCAGUUUCUGGGAGCUCACUGCUGAGACUUAGCGACUGUGUGUUGGUUUCAUGUGGGUUUGGAGUCUGGCUGAUGUUAUGGUAGCUUGGCUGGGCCACCGGGAGCCCAGACACUGCUCACCCGUGACUCUGGCUGAGCCUGGGAGGGAGAUCCUGGGUGAGAUGCACGUGAGGCAGAGGCUUCCCCCACGUGGGGCCUCAUCCAGUCGGCUACAGGCCCGAGAACAAAAGGCCGGGGAGGAGGGGACUCCUGCUUGGCUGCCUGGGCUGGGACCCCGGUCUGUUCCUGCUGUGGGCCCAGGUAGAGACACCGGCUCUUCUUUUGGACUGGAACUAUAUGUCAGCUCUCCUAGGGCUCCAGCUUGCCAACUGCAGUUCUUGGAAAUCCUCGGCUUCCACGGUCGCACGAGCCGAUUCCGAAUGCAGUCUCUGUUCACCCGUCCGUCCUGACGUCCGUCAGUUCGGUUCUCUGAAGGACGCUGCCUGCCAGCAGUCUGUUUAGAGAUGGGAAUCCUUCCGGAGAGUUCUUGACUUCAGCCGAGCCCUCGCGGACUUCCUCCAGAGGGCGUUCCAGGGUCUGCGCUCACGUCUGUCUGGGAAGCGUGAGGAGGGGCACACGUGACGGACCCGCGUCAUGCACCCGCAGAGGGUUUCAGAUGACAGAAUGACCGGACCAACACGAAGGAACCGUCUCACGUGCUGAAGGCAGAGGAGGAGGGGUUGGCGUGUGAGUGAGCAGGCGCAGCUUCGUUGCGGUGUACCUGCGAUUGUGUGUGCCGUUGAAGAGAUGAAAUCCUUCUGCAGGUGAUCCAGGCUGAAGCAGAGAGAGACUGAGGCGGAGGAGACCAGGAACUUCGCUGUGCUAGCUGCUCACUCGGGAAGGAAGCGGCGUCCGAGUAAUGGCCGGGACGUCCCCCUCCGAGCAGUACGCGCUGAGACACGGUGGGACGGGAACUCGGAGCUCGGAGACGGAGGAGGUUCAGAGGCCGCAGGCGAAGGACGCGCCUUCCCUGGAGCGACUCAGACCGACGCGUGUCCCCUUGGCGGCGGCUGCUCGUGUCUUCACGCGAGAGGAAGUAACUGAAACUUGUGCCCACCAUCCCAUCAAGUCGGUUCUUUUGAAAGAUGUAUGUGUUUAUUUGGAAGGCGGGCGGAGAAAGGGAGCUCAGUCUUCCGUCUGCUAGUUCCCUCUUCACAUGUCCACAACAGCCGGGCCUCCAGCUGGGUCUCGUGGGUGGCAGAGACUCCAGUGCUGUGGCCGUCAUCUGCGGCUGCCAGGAGCAUUGGCAGGGAGCUGCGUUGGAGGCGGAGCCACCGGGACUCCCACCAGCUCUCCAGUGUGGGGUGCGUGUGAGAGCUGUGGCACAGUCGGUGAAGCCACCAAAUGUUUCCAAGAACGACGAGAAAUAGCGGCAUUCCAGACAAGUGAAAACCACGUGCAGGGUGGGCUCGGGGCUGGGGAAAGCUGGGGAAAGCUGGGAGACGCAGGUGAGGGCGGGGACUGGAUAACGGCCAUCUGAGUGGGCGUGGCUUGUAGAAGCAGUGCAGACCAAAGACAGCAGAGUCCCCAGCAGUGGCCUCGUGGGGGGGCAGCAGUGGCCUGAGACACGGCGAGGUGCAGGUGGGCGGGGCUCAGAGGCGCUUUGUGCUGUGACCGGGUGUUGUUGCUGUGCGGUACAACAGUGUAACAUCAGCACACUGUUGGGGCAUCAGCUCAGGAUCGGGGUCCUGUGCUAGCCAGCUGCCCUGCACACACUGCCCCGCCUCCCCUCUGCUAGCAGUGUCCCUUGGAUAUUACCGCCUCCCUCUGGUCGGGUGUGGCAAGUCUCCGUCGGACAUCAGCACACAGACUCUUGGAGAGGAGGAGCCUGGGCCUGGAGUGCUGACAGCCUUGAGGUCAGACUUGCAUCCUGUUGGACCUGAACUUGGUAGCUGUAGGACGAUCCUGGCCCUGUCACACACCGUGUCCUGUCUUCACAGUGGGGCCCCUGGGACUCCUGGAAGCUUGGCGCCCUGCAGGUCCUGUGUGCCAGGGCUAGCGAGGCGUCCUCUCCCCAGGUCUUGGGUUCCUCACAUGCUCUGCACAGCUCCCCCACAGCUUUGAACAUCCCCUCGCUCUUCCCACCUCUCCUCUUCCUGCCCGUCUCCUCAGGUUCAGCCCAGCUCAUGCCCCCAGGAGCCGCCAUCCGCUGCCCUGCUUGUGCGGGGGUCUCUCCCUGUGUCCCAUUCCCUGAGGGACAGCUCCUGUGGGCUCCGGCUCUGCAGUCAGCAGCUUUACCCGCUGCGCCACGGCGCCGGCCCCAGGACUUCAGGACGUCCUUCUUUGUGAGGACUGGAUAAUGUUUCACCCUGUCUCUGCACUGCGGUUUCCUUUUCCACUAGUCUGGUGACGGACACCGGAUGGCCGCGCAUCUCCGCUUUGCUGAAUGUCGCUGCAGUGCAGUUGGGGGUGCAGAUAGCGCCCCGAGAUCCUGAGUUCAGCUCUUUAGGGUGCGUGUCCAGAAGUGGGGUUGCUGGGUCUGGUGGUAGCUGUCUUUAGUUUUCUGAGAACUUCCGCUGUGUUCCGUGAGGCCUGUGCCAGUUGACGCCCCCACCCCCCCCGCGUUGUUGACAGCCAUCCUGGCGGGGUGGGACGGUAUCGCACAGUGUCCCUGAGGCCUGGUGACAUUGAGCCCCUUUCAUACACGUGGGGCCACUUCCGUGUUUUCUGUGGAGAGUGUCUACUCAGAUCUUUGGUCUCUAUUUUAACUGGGUUAUGUGUUGUUACUGAUUUAUGACUUUUUAGGAUACUGGCCCGUACUAGACAAGUGGUUUGCAGAUGCUCGCUCUCACCCCAUAGAUCACCAUUUCAUGUUGUUAUUGUCUUCGCUGUGCGCACUCCCACUUGUUUUUGUUUUCUUAUUUUGGUGUCAUACUAAAAAAAUCACUGCCAGGCUGGCGCUGUGGUGCACCAGAUAAAGAUCUUGCUUGCAGUGCUGGUUUGAGUCCCAGCUGCUCCACUUCCGAUCCAGCUCUCUGCUGUGGCCUGGGAAAGCAGUGGAAGAUGGCCCAAGUCCUGGGGCCCCUGCACCCACGUGGGAGACCUGGAAGAAACUCCUGUUCUUGGUUCUCGUUCUUUCUCUCUCUCUCUCCCCCUGUAACUCUGCCUUUCAAAAAAUAAAUAAACUUAAAAAAAAUCACUUCCAAGCCCAUGUCAAGGAAAUUCUCCCUUUGUUUUCUUGCAGUUUCAGGUUUGAGGUUUAUGUCUUUAAUGCAUUUUGAGUUGAAUUUGACACUGGCGUGAGGUGAAGGACAGAGCUCGUCCUGAGGUGUCAGGACAUCCAGUUUUCCCAGCGAGAUCUGCUGAGAGACUGUCCUCUCGCCGCUGUGACCCCAGGCACCAUUGUCAGAUGGGCUGUCUGUACGUAUGUGAGUUACUUCUGCGCUCUCAGUGUCUGUAUUUACGCCUGUGCCAUGCCGUUUUGAUUAUUGUGGCCUUCUAAUAUAAUGAGAUGGAAAGCGUAAUGUUUCCUGCCGUGUCUGUCUUGCCCAGGAGCACUUUGGCUCUUUGGGGUCUUUCACGGUUCCAUAUAAAUUUUAAAGUUGUUCUUCUGAUUUCUGUGACAAAAUUUCCGUGAUAUUUUAAUGGGAAUUACGUUUGAAUCUGUAGGUUGUUUUGGAUAUCGGGACAUUUUCAGUGUUAAUUCUUGCAGUUCAUGAACAUGGCAUCUCUUUCAUUUGUUUAUGUUUGCUUCAGUUUCCUUCAUUGGCGCUUUUUAAUUUUGAGCGAUAGCUUCCUUAUCCCGAGUGUGUGCCCAUCCUCAGCUGCUGUCCCAGGUGCACCGUGUGGCAGCGGGAGGGAGCAGUCUCUGCCUUCCUUUAACAGUCCCCUGGACGCAGUGUGCCUUCGGCUGUCCACGUGCGUUCCAUUCCUCCCUGACCUCAGCCCCGGGGGUCUCUGAGGACCUUCUGAAUCCAAGCCAUUCUCCAGGCCCCUGGGUCGUCUUGCCAUUCUGCCUGCCUGCGGUCUGGCCCAGCCCCGUCUGGUGGUGCUGAUCCCAGGUUGAGCCCUGGGGGGCUGUUGUACCAGCCCAGAUCGCGGUUGGAUUCCCUGAGUUACCGUGGAUGGCACGACUGGACUCAGGCCUGGCAGUCAGCGCUUGGCCUAGUUUCUCUGGGGCCGUUGCUCUGGCCUGCAUGUCCUGUAGCAGACCGUCUGCACUGACCGCUGGCUGUGGGCCCAGGCCGUGGGACGCCGGUGCCUGCCCUGGGCUGGACCAGAGCCUCUCUCCAGGGCUCUUGUGGCUCGAGCUGUGUUCUGCACUCGUGGGCCGUGGGGGUAGGGGGCUGCAGGCCCGUCCCGGUCUCUCUCUGCUUUCCAUCGCUGCAGCUGAGGCAGAGGUGCAGGAGCCCUGUGGCUGCCGUGGACUCCUCCCCUGCCCAGGCGUGGCUCUUUAGCCUUGUCUCAAAUUCGGAGUUAGACUGGCGUCUUCCGUCAGUGACGCCUUGUGCUUUUCCCAAGCUGGUGGACGCCUCGCUUCCGUUCAGUGAGGACAGCGCGUCCCUCCCCUAAUAAGGACUCUGUCUCCCAGUGGCACUGCUCACCUCUACCGUGCUGGGUGGGCGAGGCAGUCGGGGCAGGGCGGGGCCCUGGUCACUGAUGGCCGGCACCUGCAGCACAGCAGUGCUCGAGGCGCAGCCUGCAGUUUGGACACGGCUGUGGCAGCACAGCAGAGCUGCUGCUCAGAGCUUGAUGACGUCGCCUAACAGGGAGGAAGGCUGAGGGACUUGGUUACUAGUCGAAGUUUAUUUUUUUAUUAUUUUUUUUAGAUUUUUAUUUUAUUUAUUUGAAAGAGUUACGCAGAGAGGCAGAGACAGAGAGAGGUCUUCCAUCCCUCGUUCACUCCUCAGAGGGCCACAACGGCCGGAGCUGCGCCGAUCCGAAGCCAGGAGCCAGGAGCUUUCUCUGGGUCUCCCACGUGGGUGCAGGGGCCCAAAGACUUGGGCCAUCUUCCACUGCUCUCCCAGGCCACAGCAGAGAGCUGGAUCGGAAGAGGAGCAGCCGGGACUCGAACCAGCACCCAUAUGGGAUGCCCGGUGCCUCAGGCUAGGGAGUAACCCACUGCGCCACAGCGCCGGCCCAAUUUAGUGGAAGUUUAGUUACCUAUCUUCGUAAUUCUUUUCAGUCCAAAUAUGUGGGAUUAUAAGAAUCGGUUAAUGAGUCUAACCAGCUAACUUCACAUUACACAAGCAAUGGGUAGCCAUCUGACAGAAAUGAAAACGUUUCACAGAAAGUCUUUGCUGGCAGGUUUUCAGUGUAAUGUUUCAUUGUGUUGGCUUGGUGUCUAGCCUGUGAGGCUUGCAAACGUGGUUUUUGUCUUAAAAAACAAAAGAAAACAAAACAGAAUACCACUCUCAAACAUUACGGACUGGAAACUGGCUCUUCGGGAGACCCGUCCACGAGGAGGCCGCCGGUGUGGAGUGAGCGCGGGCCCCGGGCUGUGCCCACAGAUGGUUUGACGGUGUCCUUAUGUCAGCGAUUUGAUUUCCAUACGAUGUGUCCCACAGUGUGGACAGGAGUGGGCCAGCGCAGGACAUCUCCUGGUGGCAGACACUGGCAAAUCCCGCGCUCUGUGUCCAGUGCAGCGCCUGGGAGCAGCCUGGGCUCUCUGUGGUCUAGGAGCUGACGGACUCGCAGGCACCGCUAGAGAGGGCGUGGCCUCCCCGGGAAGCUGUGGUUGGCGUGGGUUGAGGUCCCAGUAAAAAUAAUCCGAAUAGAAACACAGAACGUUGAAGAUGGGAAGCCUGGAGUUCAUGGCUGGGGAGCGACUCCUGGAGAAGCGCCAGGGGACAGGGGUCGUGAGGCUGCAGGGCCCGGCAGCAGGAGGACCUGGGGGCCCUGGGCUGGAGUCCCACCCGUCUCCUGUGGUCUCCUAGUGCCUGGCCCUGAGCGAGCCCCUGCAGUUCCGUGACAUUCAGGCGUGGCAUGUCCGAGUACGAGCACUGUUCCUGCUGGGGAUUUUAGUGGACAGAAGUGGGAACACUGCAUCCUGUUUCAUAGGAGAGAAAAUAAUUGAGGAUGGACUGGUUGGUCUUCAGCCAGACUCCGCUCAGGGCUCAGGAUAGAGAAGGGCCUUCGAUGGCGGCCUCUGGGGUUUCAGUAGAGGACGUGGUCAGACAGGACAGAGCUCAGGGUGCUGAGGAUCCUGUGCCUGUCAGGGAGGGAGCGUCUUGUGUGUUUGAGGGCAGUCAGAGUCUCAUUUCCAGUUUUCAAUGAAAAAUGGAAGAGAAUUGAGACCGGCACUGUGGCGUAAAAGGCGAAGCAGCCACCUGCGACACCAGUGUCCCUCAAGGGCUCCGGCUCAAGUCCCAGCUGCUCCACUUCCCAUCCAGCUCUGGGAAGCAGUGGAGGAUGGCUCAAGUCUUUGGGCCCUGCACCCACGUGGGAGACCUGGAUGAAGCUCCUGGCUCCUGGCUCCUGGCUUCAGCCUGGCCCAGCUCUGGCCAUUGUGCCUAUUUGGGGAGUAACCAGUGGAAGGAAGAUUUCUCUGUCUUUUCUUCUCUGUCUGUAACUCUGCCAUUCAAAAAAAUAAUUUUUUGUAAAAAAAAUGGAAUAGAAAGAAAAGUAAGAAUGAGUAUAUUUUACUUGAAAGUGUACUGUGACCUUCAUAGUGUUUUCAUGGGCUAGGAGUUAGCUCCUCCUGUGCGUGUUUCUACAGGGGUUUCUUUUAUGGUGUCGCAGUGGGUUACUCAAAUUUGCUCCAAUUUUGAUGGUUUUAUGAUAGGCCACAAAUAUUGGAAUGGUUUUCAUAAUCAUUUCUGUCUGAUUCUGCUUUACUCUUUUACUCUUCCAGAAAAGAUACUGAGUGUUGUUCAUUAACUCCCUGAUGAGAGAUCUGGGUGGCUGGGAAAUUUUUUUAAAGAUUUUGUUAGUUUAUUUUGAAAGGCAGGGUUAUAGAAAUGGGGGGGGGGGGCGGGGAGACAGGAAGAGAGAUUGUUUCCGUCUGCUGUUUCACUCCCCGAAUGGCUGCCAUGUCCUGGGCUGGACCAGGCUGAAGACAGAAGCCAGGAGCUCCAUCUGAGUCUCCCAUACGGGUGCUGGGACCCAAGCACUUGGGCAUCUUCCACUGCUUUCUCGGGCCAUUGGCAGGGAGCUGGAUGGGAAGCGGAGCAGCCGGGACUCGAGCUGGCGCCCAUGUGGGAUGCCGCUGUUGCUGUGGGGAUUUGGAUGUGACUUUUGGGUUAUGAUUGACAUAGCCUUAGGAGCUACUGGUGUCUUCAGUUUGCUGUAAUCUUGGCAAACUGCGUCUGAAGAUGGUCUGUCUGUGGCAGGGUGUGGUGGUUGCUGGCGCCAGCGUGUGUGAGACACGCUUCCUGUUGACUUGGCACAGGCAGCAGUGAGUGUGAACGCACACCGUAUGGUACAGCGCAGGUCAGAUGUCAGUGAGUCUGUCAUCCGGAAACAAGCAGGCUUCCAGAUGGUGGCCACCACACAGGUGCCCCACAGCUGGAGAGACACUGCGUGGCCUCGGGUUCCUCCCUGGGUCUGAAAGCCGAGCCGCGCUGUUCUGCAGCAGGUGCACAGCUUCUGCGUGGGCAUGUGCGGCCUUGACAUCAGCCACCCACGUGUCCCCGUGGCAGCUGGUGCUGUCACCUGCGGAUGUGUGUGCACGACCCAGAGGCAUCGUGUCUGCGCAUUCUGUUUCUUUGGGGCCGACGUAGCAGACCUGUUAGCAGAACUGUAAAUGCCCUUUGGAGGGACCAGUUCCAGUCCCUGAAGCAGCUCCCUCGCAGGUGCCAUGGGCUCUGUGGCCUCGGACAGGCCUGGGCGUUGAAGGAGGGAGGGUGUAUGCUCAGCUCUGCGUGUCCUGCGGCCACUCUGCUGGCCUCUCCUGGCUGCCCCUCAUCCAGAGAAGCUGAGCAGCUCUGAGCGGGCUGUCGGCAGCCGCGGGGAGGCUGGGGAAGGGGGAGGCCGGCAGCUGCAGCGGGGGACCAAGACCAGAGCCCAGGCGGCGGGCAGCUUCCUCCCCGCCCUUCAGGGCGUGUGUGCCUGCGGGAGGAGUGGUUCGUGGCUUUGACCACGGUUGCACGUGGCUUCUAGGCUCAGAAUGCGGUGUUAGCUCCGCCCGCGGCAGCUGGCUGGACGCCUUCAGAGCAGCCAGCUGGCAUGCAGCAGACCAGUGUACAGUACAGCUGUCACUUUCUUCACAGGUAAGGGCACGGCUGGAAGGGUGCUGGGGUGGCCCUGCUGUCCUCUGGGGAGGCAGGAUACUGGCAGCUGGCGGUGGGCUGGCUGCCACCUGCCCCGUUUAGGGUCCUGUAAUCGCCUUCAUACCAAAAGCGCCCUCCUCCUGUCAGUCAGACACUGAGUGUCUGCUGGCUUGACACAAGGCUGUCGUUGCUAGUGCCUGGGGUGCUCUUGUCCCCCUCCAGGGCACGUCUGCCCACGUUCUGAACAAACCAGGCCACCUCACAGGCUUUCUCCCAGCAGAGGAGAGGAGGUGAUGAGUUAGAGACAGAAGAGUCCCGAGAAGUCUGGGCUGUCGUCCUCAGCUCCGAGCACAGUGGCCAUUUCCAGGCCCAGGUGCCUUCACUGACAGCGCCUGGCACCCUUGCCGUUCACCCGGUCUGGUCUUUUCUCCAGCAGGGAGCCUGCCGUCACCUGUGUGCUGUGCCCUGUGCAAGCAGAGACUGAGCCCUGCACCCCGCUCAGGGCCUGGCUGUGAUCCGAGGCAGGGGCCAGCCAGUGCCCCCUCCGCGUUUACACACCAUCUGGAGGGCGCUGUCUCGAGUAGCCCAGAGCUCUGUUCCUGUGUCUGCAGACAGGUCCCUGCUCUGUUUCCUUCUUCCCUCCCUCCCUCCCAGUUUUCUAGUUUUCUUCAUCCAUCCACACGGUCAUUCUACUGCUGAAAAUUGAAACAGCAUGUCAACGUUUCCUGUCA